AAAGCUAAGCGAAAUCCACAAGCGUAUAUGUACAAAACGCAAACGAAGCCUCCAGCGGCCUGUGGUCUCAUGGUUUCACAUUGUGCGAGUGUCGUAGAAGGCGCUCAGUGAAGAUGCCGCGAGCAACCAGCGGUUGUAGCUAGCCUAAGUCUCAGAAUGCUGGGCCCAGCAGCUGCUGUGGCGCUGCUUUGGGCGUGCUUGGUGCAGCCGACGCCAGCGCAGCUGAUCAUCAACGUGCGAAACGCGGGCGGCGACUUACUUCGCGAGCGGCUGCUAGCCAACACCAGCGACGAGACCAUCACUCUCGAGUUCCAAAGGGCUGAUGGCACGCACGUUACCCAGCUCAUCGACUUCCGCAUGGAGGUGCAGGUGUUCCGGGUGGUGGUCCUGGCCGAGGAAGAGCAAGGCCACAGGGAGCCUCAGGUCCUGUGCUUCCUCAUCCGCUUCAACCGCCUGGGCUUCAUCUCGGUUGAUGCCAUGUCCAAGUUGCGGCAGCGCAACCCAUUGGCCGAGCGAGAGCCUGAGGAUGACCGUGGCCGGGAGCUGGUACAGCUAGACCUGAGCGUGGACCUGUCCCGUGCGGGCCUCAUUUCUCCACACGUAGCCGCACUGUGUGCCGAUGCCCCCCAGGCAACCUUUGCUCGACAAGGGGACAUGCAAGCAUGGGCUGCUUCGCCUGCACGCCAAGCAUCCGGCCAGGACCCACUUUUGCUGGCAACUGCUGUGCGUCCGGCACCAGGAGCAACACACGCAGCUGCAGGGCUGCGCUGUGGUGCUCUGCCUCACACUUCGUCGGGUCCAUGCGGCUGCCGGCUGCAGCUGUGCGUUGCCUGGUUUCCAUGUGGCCUCAAGUGGUGCCGUGAUGCCCGCCGAGCUGCCUUCCGCUGUGGCAUUCGCUCUUGCCGCAAGUGCCGAGAAUUCCGUUUUCCUGUGACCAACCGCAUGCAGUGCCUCUGGGAUGAUGCCUCCACUUCCUGAUGGUUGCUGGCUUCGCUUGCCUACCAUGGCCGGCCUUAGGGGCGCAGUGUUGGCGAGCAUGGUCUCUCGACAGCCACGGCCGAGAUGCAGCUGGCAGAGUUUAACUACUCUACAGUCGACUCCUGUUAAUUCAAGCUCGACCAUGAAUAUCACAUCUGCAGUGAUAAGUGUCCUGAACUCUCCCUCAGCUCAACAUGGUGUAGUAGGCAUUGAGCGUGGUAAAAGUCAGCCACCCAGGUCAAUGUGCAGGCACGGCAGUGUUGCCAGGCACGCGCAUUAUUUGCAUGGUCCUCGCAAGGUCAACAUAUGGUCAUAAGUCUAAUAUAAGAUACGUAACCCGCCGUGGUUGCUCAGUGGCUAUGGUGUUGGGCUGCUGAGCACGAGGUCGCGGGAUCGAAUCCCGGCCACGGCGGCCGCAUUUCGAUGGGGGCGAAAUGCGAAAACACCCGUGUGCUUAGAUUUAGGUGCACGUUAAAGAACCCCAGGUGGUCAAAAUUUCCGGAGUCCUCCACUACGGCGUGCCUCAUAAUCAGAAAGUGGUUUUGGCACGUAAAACCCCAAAUAUUAUAUAAUAUAAGAUACGUAAACGAAUAAAUUGUGCGAACAAAACUAUAAUUUAUUAUGUGAGAAUAUGUGCAUAGGCAUAUUUUUAGGCUUUUCUAAAAACAUCACAUGAUGCGCAGACAAACAAGAAACUAAUUAAAACCUUGGUAACCAGUUCUGCCAUAUUGCAGUUGUCACAAUUUUUUUCAAAUGUACUUGAAAAUGUACUAGUUGACUUCUUUGUCGAUACAUUUAUUUCAAUAUGAACAUUUUUAACCAGCUAUGUUGCCAUUGUUCAAUGCGACAUGAAUGUCCUUCAGCAGCUUUUCUUUGGCCAUGGCACACUAUGCUAUUGUUCUGCCACAGAAAACUGUGAAAUUAGGAUUAGCUGAAAACUCUGUUUAAUCCUAUAAUACCUUGAUAGCAAUGAGCAUAAAAUAUACCAACCAUAUUAUCUUAUUUAUCUUGCCUUUUAUUUUAAGCACAUGGUGGUAUACAGUUGAGCCUUGCAAUAACAAAAUCAGUAGGGAACAUGAAAAGAUUUGCCUUUGUGAGAAUUUCGUUGUUGCGAAAUGAGAUAACACAAAUAGGCAAUGCGUCGCAGAAAGAACCUUUGCUGUCAAAAUUCUGUUGGCCUCCCAUGGCAAGCUCUGCUCAAGGAUUUAGAACAGCAUUGCCAGCAGUACAAAGUGCGCCGCAUGCGUCGAUCAGCAGCGGAAGCACUGCCGUGGAGCAGUAUUCUCGGUCAACAGAUGGCUUUCGGAGACACGAUCACUUUUGUGAAAUUUUGUGUAACUGCGUACCUUGGCAACAGAUGCAGAGCAGCAGCGCUCCACACAUGCAGCAGCAUUUCUCCAGCGCAGGCUGUUGCCAGUGGGCGCCGACGCACCCGGUGCCACGCGCAAAUGUGAUCGUAUCACGUAUGCUCGAACGCAAUCUAUCGAGAUUAUGGCCCCUUCCCGCAAAUCUACGUCUGGUGACAAAUCCGCACCCGAUGCCUGUCGGGUGGCACCAAAACCAGUGUUCUUGAAGCAAGGGAUGCAUAUGCCUGGAAGAUCGCUCAAUCACAGCCUGAUGCGUGGCACUCCCUGCUGGUACCGCCAAAAACAAUUCCACGUCAGUGGGACAUGGAUUUCCUUGGUUUUGCUGCAUUUUCCUCACGGAGGCGCACAUUACGCACUGCACUAGGUGUAAACCAUGAUUACACGUCGGUAGCAACAUGCGUGCUGCUUCAAACAGGCGAUCAACAAACAAGAUGGUGUCAGUGAUGUGUUUCCAGUGCACGUGAUCGGUUCCAGUGCUUGGCUGUUUUUGUCAACAAAAAUGGUGGCGCCCGUGCAUGUGUAAUGUCGUGAUACUUCAUGCAAUUUUAGUGCAAAGCAAUUGCAUUUGAGCACAUUUUGGAGGCUGCUAGCCUUGCGCGAGUAGGUAAUAUGUGGGGUUACGUUCCAGCAAACUUCGUUGAUGUGGAAUUGUAGUACAGCGACAUUUUGCUGUCGAGAGGUAUGAAACGCAUUGAAUCCUAUGGCCGUGCGCCGGGGUUACGACAAUAUUCUAUUGUGAGAAUUUUGCUGUCAUGGGUUUUCACUAUAGUAAGUUGAAGAAAGUUGUGGAUGGUGCCACAUAUACAACCGAAGUUAACUGUGUAUUUACAGAUUGCAACUAUCCUCUUUUUGGAACACACAAAUCUUACCACUACACUGUGUAGUGCAGAACUUCCCAUCAUCAAUUGGUGAAUAGUUCUCAUACAUUUGCAUGUAAGGUGACAUCGCAAGCCACUUUCUGCAUGCACCAUAAUCAGAGUUGUGGUGCAUGUACUAUGUGUAGAUCUCUUCAUGGGGCAAAGCAAGUAUUUUGCAUCUACUGGUCACAAGCUGCACAAGGGCACAUGAUUUUUUUUUGUAUAAUAAUAGGCAGAGCAUUACACCUAUAAAUUGUGCAGCAUUGGUUUGCAGUGAACCCAUAGCAUGACAACCAAAAUUUAGCUAUUUGUUUCAAAUAAACAUGAUAGCAAGCUAUGAGGUUUUUACUUAACACGAGUCGACCGUAACUUAACUUGGCUGGAAGUUGUCUGACGUUUGGUUUAGCUCCAUGAGUGGCAAGAGGAACAAGUCCAUUCCAGCUUUUCAGCCGCAUGUGAUGCAGCUGGUGCCUGGAAAGAGUCGCAGGAAUGCCAUCCAAGUCUGGCACAAACAUGGUUCUGUGUCUGUGGAUAAAACUGAUGAAAUCUGAAAAGCAACCUCCGAUAAAAGUUUUGCCAAUUUUUAGUUAUCCCCAAAACUGAAUUUUGGGACCAUGCAAGCAAUCUGUUUUUUCCUUUUUUUUAACAUUCAACAAUGUUUGUGACUUACCGGACAAUAUACCUUCAUAAGAACACAUGGAUAACGUUGGCUCCAAAUUCUGGUGACAGAGGUGAUCACUGCAGUAUAGAAUACACAGCAGAAAUUAUGCUUUAUUUCACCAGUAUUCUUGCACUACAGCAUGAUUUUCUUAAAGCCCCUCAAUGCUGUAAGAAGGUUUCUAAAAAAAUUUCUUCAGUGAAAAUAACCUAAAAAAAUUUUCCUGAAAAAAAACAAAGAACCCCAAGUGUGGUGCAAAGAAUAGCAGAUGACAAAGUGCAAAAAUAAAAGAGAAGGUCACAAUGCGAAAUUUGUCACUCAAAGCUUUUCAUUGCAUUUGAUGUGUCAAAUAAUGCCUUAAUGCCUUAGGCAUUAGUGCUGCCAUCUGGCACUAGGGUCACCAGCCAAUUUUUCAGGCACAGAGGUUGUUAAAAAUGUCUGGAAAGCAAAUUCAUAAGAUCAUCAUUUUUAGGGGUUUUCAGAUGAAGAAAUUACAAAUCAAGUAAAUAUAUAGGAAACACAGGAUUUUGGAAUUCCAUUCAUAUGGGCAGGAUAUAAAUGAGCUAAAAGCCAGAUCACCCCAGUUCCUGGUUGUCUUAUAACAGCACUUAAGUGGCCAGUAGACCAUGUUUUCAUAGGAGAACAAGCCGGAGAAAUCUAUUGAGAGUGAAUAGCACAUUUACUGCAGCCAAAAACCAACAUUUUCCAUAUAUUCUUCCACACAACUGCCCCAACAUGGAUGCACGCUAUAACAGCAGUGAUUACGGCUGAAAACGUAUGUAAAUAAAGAGCACCAACCUCUUGCAGCAAUUUGCAUAGGCCCUUUUCCAUGGCAGGCAGCUUCCACUAUUCUCAACAAGCUGUAUUCAGUCAUUACCAGGUAUGAAAUUCUCAAAUUCAAUACUAUUUCAGUUUAAAAAAAAUAAGUGUUUGAUGUGUAUUCGUAAUUGCGAAUGCAUGUUUGAGGUAAUUUCAUUGCUUCUUGCCUUCCCAACAAAAUUGUGCCAGCUCAACUUUUUAUUACCUUGGUCAUCACAGAUAGCACGUUGGUGAUCAAAGCUAUUCAGAUUGCUUCUUUAUUAGCCUUGACUGCUAAAAAAUAUCCGGAAACUCAAGUGCAUUUUCUAUUACUGAUGAAACAUGGAACUGCAACAUAUCUGAAAUGGUGCAGGGCAUAUUAAGAAAAAAGUUGUAAUACUGCUUGCCAUCUCAAUUUCUGGUUGUCAUUUUACUUUUGCUGCCUGAAUCAGUUAAUGACUACCUUCUAGCAGUGUACCAAGAGUGACUUUAUCAUUAAAGCCUUUCUUAUGCUGGCAAGUAUGGUAGUGGGGAGAUACUUUGCAUAGUAUGACUUAAGGAAAAAUAUAAACACAGAAUGUCCUAAUUCACACAUUAUGUCUGAGCAGAAGAUGGUACUACAGUUAAAACUCAAUCUAACGAAACCCGAUUUUACGAAGUUGCCGAUCUAACAGAAAUUUCCAUUCCCUGGCAAGUACUCAUAAGGUUCAGUGUUGUCAUCAACCCAAAUUAGCGAAACUAGCUUGCAUUAAACUGGAUUUAAAAAAGCUUUCCAGAAAUAAAUGAGUAAAAAAAGGUGUGAUUUUUCUCAUUUUGAUGUAGACUGGUUAUUUUUUUCGAGCGUGCGCUCUAAUGCUAUCGCGUUAAAGCACUUCAGCACCCUAGUCACGGCCUUAGCUUUAUUUUGACGAGGCUGCACGCCGCGUCCAUGCACAGAACAAUGGACUCUGCAGUCACUAGCGUUCUCUUGCGUACCAGAUGGUGCUAGGUGCGCGGCGGUAGUUGGGCGCCCCUCAUUGACUUUCUACACACGCAGCUGUGUGUUAGUGGCAAAUACCAUGCUGCGGUACCUUUUGGAUGUCGCUAAGUUACAAUUCUAGAUUUCAAAGGGCUGAAAAAUCAGUUUAUUUUCCUAACUUUCUGAUUUAACGAAAUAAUUCGAGUGUGGUCAUCACUUCGUUAAAUCGAGUUUCAACUGUAGUUACACGCAAGAAAACAUGUAGAUUAACAAAACCUGCUGGUAAUAGUUGGAGACACGGAAUAUCUUUGGAAAUUUUCAUGCAGGGUGAAAUUUUCAAGUUACAUAACUUUAUGGGAUUGAUUUAUGGCAAAACUACAAAUGAGGACAUUUAUAAUCUCUCUUAUUCCUGUGAAUUUCAUUUUAGGGCAUAUAUUAGUAAAUGGAAAGGUGCUUUUAAUUGUAAAUUUAAAUCACGUGCCACUUUCAUAUCGUGUCAAGUUUCUUAGUUGUUUUUUAGAUCAUACAUUGAUUAAUAUAUGCAGGCUUGUAAAAAUUUAUAAAAAAUAAUGUUCAGUAGACGCCAAUUGCGUGGGCUCUCGGGACACAAUGUGAAAACCUUUGUUGAUUCAGCACUAAAAUAGAGUAAACAGAUUGAUGCAACAUAAUUCGGACUUUUGAAUUUUCAUUUUCUUUUUCAACAAAUGCUGCACAAAUUAGAACGUCAGGUAUAUGUGACUCUUCUGGCUGAAUUGAUUUCUUGUUUGCGCUUGAAUUUCGCACAGAAGCAGUAUUUCACAAUGCCUGCAUUUUAAUAUCAUGUUUGGGUGAAUUAAUUGGUUGUUUUAUGCAGAGAAUAUCAGAAGUAGGUGGCAUCUGCUGUGAUGCCAGACAGAAAAGAAAGUGCAUUUCUCAGAAACAGGAUGGUGGUGCCAUCUGUCACUAUAACGGCAAAAUAUGGCAUGGGCCAUGUUUCAUGCUACGUGACAGAUGCCACUAUUCUGUUGCAACCAAGUCUUUUCUUCUGUUGUCUGGUAAUGCUACAGGCGUGUCGUUUUGGUUUUAUUCUUAGCCGGAAGGCUCCCAUAUGCCCAGCGCUCUUAUUCACACAACGUUCAGCAUGUUCACACUGCCUGAGGAUAGACGCUAGCUUUGUCUGUUAUGCCAGUACCUGUGUGGGCACCAGCUUUGAGAAAUAAAUGGAAACAUUCUUAGGGAAAGUCAUUGUUGCCAGUGCCUAAGUUUUUGCAUGACAAAGGCUGUGAGAAGUCCAGAAAUUCUUCUGGUCACUGAGCAUUGCUGGUGUUGACAUACAAAUUACAGAACGAAGGGCUUGACUGCACAGCUAUUUUCAUGGCCAGAUAUGUGUCUACUUGCACUCUGGCAAUUGUGGGUAUUAUGGGAACAGUGUUAAGCCCUGGAGUCAGUACAAGCAGACAUGUACGUAUCAUAUCACUGUUCUUAAGACAGAUGACUCAGAAUCCCAUUGAGUGUGCAGAACAACAGAAACCUGCCUCAUUUGGUGUAAGUAGCUUCCUUGGCUGAAGCUUGAUGUGUGAAGUAGUAAGAUCGCAACACAGUACGAGCACUGCAGUUGCCAGGUCUUUGUUUGUUAAUGAGUGUGUUGAGGUAGCGUGCUAAACUUUGGCUGUCUGCUGUGUGCUAGCUAGUGCUUGCAGAGAAACUCAUUUUGCAAACAUCUGUUUGCACUUGCAAAAAAAUUUGAGACUCCUGCGUGUAGAUGUUUGCUCAAAAUUUGUGAGCGGUGACUGGCAUAAAGGUUGUGGGCCAUGUGUGUGCGAGCGGUUCCCUAGGUCUGUGCUUUCCUCACAUAGUGAUAUUUGCUUUUCAAUGCCCUCAACUCUGCAAUCUUACAAGUCUCACUGUGCCUUUGUCCUAAGGGUGCCGCACUAGGCAUACAUGCUUGUCUUGAAAUACUGCUGGUAUGGCAGGUGCUCUGCCAGGUCUGUAAGGCUUGGUCCGCAUUUCUGAGCAUUUGCCUCAUGAUAAGCAUAUUCGGUGGAUAGUGCGACAAUGUCUGUUUCCAGGUGUUCAAACCUCCGGCCACCACUCGGUGCAAAACAGUUAACUUGUAUGUAACACAGUUGAGUUUAUCCACUGGCUAUGCAUGAAAGUGAAAACUGUGUGAUGCGAUAUUCAGUGGUGUUUGAUUUUUUUAUAUUACUGCAGCAAAGUAUGAUAGUUAUGAAGUGUCCUGGCAUGAUCUAUGUUGCCUGGCAGUAAUAUUGUUUGAAGGCAACAUGUGGUAUUCUGUGCACGGUAGCUAUACAGGUAAAGCUAGCUGCAAAUGCUGAGCAACACAUUGUUUUCUCUAGGCUUGCAUGUCUGCAUUAGAAGCAUGAUGGUAGCAUUUUACUCUUUAGCAGCGUAAUUUCUCAUGUCCCCAACAAUGUAAUUGUCGGUGCACUGCGGAUUCAGAAUAAUUGAGAAUAGCCAAGUGCCAGGUGUUGGGACCUCAGCAAAGCAGUCAACCUUUAUCUGUUCAAACUUGUGUCGGUGAAAGACUGUAGAUUUUUUUAAUUACUGUAUUGCAUUUUUCACUUACAAAGAAAAAGCAUAUUUUGUGCACUGUUCUUUCGUACUGCAAAUUAAGUUAAGCACAUAACUCAAGGAAAUGAGGCUUUGUUGGAUGGUUCUUCUCAGUUGCUUCAAGCAUUUGAAUACAUAGAUUCAACAUGUGUUCUGAAAUAAGUUGUCUGUUCGAGAAGGCAUUGCUGAUGGCAAGACUUAAAGACAAAGUAGUAUUCUGUAUAUGCUACAUCUUGGUUUUGCCAACCCUCUACAAAUGUCUUUUUUCAGCUGCUCUUGGCCGCAGAGGCCACAUGUCUUUGGUACCGCAUGGGCCAAGCAAGCAGGAAGCUUCAGUUUACUGAAAGCCCUAUUCGAAUUUACCAUUAAGAAUACACUGGAAACAUUGUUGACUAACCAAAAUUUUUGUUUGUUCAAUAUCAUCAAAAUCACGUGCCAUUCAAGUUUGGAUUAUCAAAAGUGAACUGUGUUACAGGGACAGUGCAUUUGUUCAUUCUUGAAAAUAGAUAUUUUGUAUGUUUGCAGAAACAUGCCAACUCGGACAUAACACGUCUGUGCAUGCCACAUGAAUGGUUGUACACUACUUUCUGUUGUGUGUGGAUGUGUUACACAUCUGGCAUUAUAUACAACAGUUCUUUUUCUUCCCUACAUUUUAUUACGGGAUUUUUGUAUGCAAGAAAAGUUGUGUGAUGAACACGUGACCCUGCUUUCGAGAGUUGUGUUUUGUGCACUGAUGUGCCUCGGUGUCUUUUAUUGGGUUGUGUCAUUUUAGGCAACUCAGCACAGUUGGUGCAGCUUAACCAAUUCUUGACGUUACAUCUUCAGUGCUGCCAAUGCAAUUUGCUAUGUUCAAAUUCCAGAGUAUUCUAAUACAAGCUUGAAUAAGUGUGUUGUUUGUUACAUUUCUUUAACUUUUCAGCGUGUUCUGUAGGGGCACUGCAAAUGCCUCAGCAUCUCUAGUCACAGACAAUGUUUGUAUGUUGUCAGCUGCUCUUUUUCGAACUGCCACUAGGGAGCGUUAUUGAACUCACUGAUGCAUGAUGGAAGUGAAACUAAGAAUGAUGCUGCAUUCAUAGCUUUUCACCUGUGAGGUCUAGCAUUUAUUCAAAUUUCCAUUGCUGAACGGUCUGAGUACCAUAAUAUCCCGAGCCAUCACUCACGUCUUUUGUGAACAUAAUUGACCAAAGAAGGGGUAUGCAGGCAGUCUCUUUGUCUACAAGCAGAUUAUGUUCAUAUGCCAAGGAUGAAUUGCCAAGAGUGGCCUGUAAUUGAUAUGCUUUAUCAGGGUUUACCAGCAUUGUUCAAGCAAAAUUGUAUCCAAACUUCAUUCCCGUCAAAGUAGUCAAAGGAGGCACUGUAUUCUUAAUGAAGUAACUACAGGCGUGGUCUUGUAAGCUCCCUUUAUUCCUGAACGGCUGCAACACAAGUGCUUUCAUGAAGCCCAAGUGCAGUAUGUACACUUUAACACUUUGUCACGGUGUCUCUUUAUUUUUGAAUGUUCCGACAAGUUGAUGACAAGAAAGAAUUCUUGAACAUGGCGCCUGAAUGUAAAUGCAACCCUCUGCUAACCAAAACCAAUGUCAUAGGUUACUUUAGUGCAGAGAGUAAUGCAAAAGAAAGGUAAUUUAAGAAAUGCACUCUCAGGUUUGAUGAGAAGGUUGACGAGUUGCUGUGCACGACUGCUGUUAAAUCACGUUCUUUCUUGCACCAGAAAGCCUUCAAUUCAACAAUAACUGCCGCAUAUGCUUGUAACAAAUAUUUCAGUCAUUUCAAAGAUAGUGCAUCAUCUAUAAUAUGUCAAUAUCUGUAAUCAAUUAAUUUUUGUACUUGUGAAGACUGGCCUGUAGUGACAAACAUUAAUACUUCAGGUUAGUACUUCUUUAUACAGAGAUUGUGUCAUAUUUCCAAAAAUAUAUAUAUAUUUGGAGUGCUUAAGAACGCUCAAUUGUAAUUUGUGACAGAUGGUUAGGAACACGUAAAUAAAAAGUGUCACUCAACUGCUGCCUAAAUGUCUAUGGGUGUAGCUGUGGCAGUGCACUUGCAAAUCAUGAGUUCUGUGUGGCUCUUGAGGAGUGGGCAACAUCUGGGUGUAUUUUGCAGAAUUAGUAUUUUAAAAUAAAAGGGUUAUGAGCCAUGACUCGGGAUAUUAUAGUAAAUUUGAUCGUGCACUGUCCUGGAGAUGUUCAUAGUGGCAGAAGCUACAUUCAUUUCUGAAGAAUACUGCUUGUUUUCAGUGUAAAAUGCGCCGAACAUGUUGGUCACAGUGUCUCGUUCCACUAUUCUGUGCUUGUAGUGAGUCGCAAGUUAAAUCGAGAGAGGGCAUGAGUGCUUAGUUGAGAGCACUACGCGGAUUGAGUCUGUGGUGGUCAUAACCUAUGUGGCAAGCAACUGGUAUCUGCAUCAUAUUUAAAGUGUGCUUUGUUGACUAUAGCUCUUGAACCCAAUUAGCUCCAGAUCACUUGGCCACCGUUGAUCCGUGAUCAAAGGUCACCUGUGCUUUGCUACAAGUGUGCUUCAAGAAGCUUAAGCGAUAAAGUCCUCACCUUUAGUGCCAUUGCAAGUAUGCAAGUUUGUGCUCGUUGUAAGCUAGAUACUCUGCUAGUGUUCUGCAAACAACCACUUCAAUAUUUUUUUCUUGAUAUCCAUUGCCAACUAUAGCAAGUCAGCCAAGCUUGCUGUUUGGCUUGGGAUUUCACAAUGAUACUGCUUUUGUUUGCUCGUUUAUUUUGAUGGGUUUGCAAGACAUAUGUGUGCAUAGACUAUUACGGUCUAAACUGGGCAUGACUGUAUAAGGUGAUAAUUUGCUGAAGUUGCCAACACUCAAUUAAAGUAUACUUAGUAAUCUAAUUAUCUAUGCUGUUUGCAGGCUAAUGAUUUUUGCAAUGUAUAGUGAAAUGGUUCCUGGUUUUAAGGGAUUACAGGUAUUGAAUUCCUAAUUGAGGCUAGAAGCUUGCUAUGCUCGUCUUGAGUCUUGUUUAAGCUGCUAGGUAGUGGGUCCAUUGGUGAAACUCUAUGGAUCUGUGGGCUGUCAUAUGUUUUGAUGGAAAACUCCACAAUAACAGAAGUGAGUUCUUGUGUCGCAUGUGCAUUUCUUAAAAUUCUCACAGCUGCUUCUUUUGCGUUGAUUAUAUUUGUUUCUGCAAUUUGUUUUUGCACUUUUCAUAGUUUUGAUGGUAAGCCUCAGCAAGCAGCAUGAAUUACUCUUUGACUGUGCAUUGCUUGCUGUGCAAUGUUUUCUUUCUUCCAGCUUGUGUGAUGCAGAUUUUAGAAGCGCAUUGACUUUAACUGACUCGAUCUACAGUAGUCCAACUGUCUUAGCACUGACUGCUAAUCGUCAGAAUUCUCGGUGAACCAACUACUAUGCUCAGUUUGGUAAUGAAUUAAGAUCUUUGCCUUACCCUUUCUGUGGUACCAAUUUCUGCGGGAGUAAAGCCCAGUCAUGUGGUCUCAUCUGAAUCUGCACCUCACUAGUUCUACUUUGGAAACCCACUGUUUUACAGAAAGUGCUGUCAGAAGAGCUUGUUGGGAAGCCGUACACUUGGCUGCCUUUCCCAUUUUAUAUGUUGUUUGAUGAGCGGACAGAUGGUAUAAAUCUUCACUAUUCACUUUUAAAAGCCAUUCUGAAUGAUUAGAAGUACUAUGGUUAAUAUUCUAACAAUUUCCUUUUAUUGAAACUUGAUCGCAUCUGGGCAUUAAAGUGAAAUGGCGAAGCUGCCAGCUACUACAUUUCUGUCAAUGUUUCAGUGAUCUGUUUUGUAGUUUCUAGCCUAGCAGCUGUGAAUACUACUUACUGGCUUGCAUACCGCUAAUGUUAUGGCUGUUAUCGCUCCACCUUUUUUUUUCUUUCUUUCUCUGUGCUGGUUGAGCUACUGGCAGUACGUGAUCACUAUGUUGCAAGUUUUAUUGAAAGGUUUUAAAGUGUCUUUGUGUGGUGAACUUUGACAAAUUAACCAUACAUUUGUGCAUACUGAACAAAUAGCACAGGCAACAGGGCUACGAGAAGUUUGUUCGCUAUGUGAAUGUUCAACCAACUAACCCAAAUUAGCACUCUUGUACUGCAUAGUUUUGAGCUCUCUGCUUAUUGAAUUGGAUUAGCAUAAAGUGCUCGUAAGCCAUGUUCAGUUACUCUGAUACUUAACUAUACCAGGAGAUCAAAUUCUUGGCAUUGUUACUGUAUUUAACAUGUUGAGAUUUUUUUUUAAGCAGUAGUUGGAUUGCUGCUGUGUUUGAACAAGUCAUUGAGCCAAUCUUUGGUGAAGGUCUUGACAGUACUAUUGACGUUUGUAAAUUAAGGCAGCAAGAAUGUACAUGCUUUCAUGUCCCUUGAGGUCAUACAAGACCAGGGCAAGCGCUCCUUGACCCCUUGUAUGGUCUGGUUGUUGAUUGAAGAUAGACAAUGGCUUUGCUGAGGCCUUCAUAUUUCAUCUUUUUAGUUGUUUCCAUCUGUUGAUGGUGCGAAUGUGAGGCAACAUUUUCCAACUAGCCCAAGUUACUGUAGUUUAAUUAGGGAUGCUGUGAUGUACAAAAUGUGCGUGUGUGGACAGCCGUAUUCAAGAACAAAGUGCAUGGCCUUGGUGGCCCGUACUGAUUGUUUUCAAAGUGUUCUGCCACUGCCAUCCCGUUGGCACAAGGCACCCACUUGUAUCAAGGUCUUCCCUCGGCACACCAUGCCAUAUGCGCAGCAGCUGCUGGAGUGCUCUCUUGCGUGCUCUCCGACUAUUGUUGCUAUUUUACACAAUAAAGUUUCUUUUGUAUGCUACGCAA